UAUUUCAUAACCUUUUUUUAACGAAACGAUAUUUUACGUGCGGUAUUUUUUCUUUUUCUAUGCAGAAAAUUUAAAUAAAAUUAUUAAUUAAAACAUCAAAACAACUCCUUAAAAUGCUGUUAAUGCGUCGUGCCGAAUCUUUAACAGCACGAUGUGCUUCAGUGUGUCGUAACUACAUUGCCACACCAAAAAAUUCCCAGGCAGCUGGUGCUGCUCCCCAAAUGGCAGUAACAGAAAAUGAUGAAUAUUUCGAAGUAGCACAAUAUCCCGAAAUCAAGGAUCCCUCGUUUAGUGCUCGCAAAGAACGUGAAGCUUUAUCAUUUCAAGAGCAAGUGCAAAAAGCUGCAACAGUGGAAGAGAAAAUGAUAAAAAUCAAUAUGCCUCGCUACUAUGGCUAUAAAGUAGUGCAGUUGCACGAUGAACGUUUGCCCUAUAAUUGUUUGCCAGCCAUACAACACUACACAAGGACAUUAUACGAAAACAUGCCCAGCGAGUUGAAGACAGAUGAGAAAUUAAACUCAUACGUAGAAACUCUUAAGGGAGAUGUUCAGGAGGCUUUGGAAGUGGCUCAUGAUUAUUUUAAUCAAAAAUACCCUGAUGCUUCUGACUUGGAACCCAAGGAACGGGAGCGUAUCUUGACUCAAGUCAUUGUGGAGCAAAUCAAUCGUGCUUUAAUUAACGGUCUAUCGGCCGAUUACCAACACUUGCAGGAAGCUGAAAUCGAUUAUAAUCCCAGACAUGAAGCUUUUUGGUCUGUGGGUGGCAUACAGGCCCCCAAAAAUGUUGUUAAGUCCAAAGAAGGUCAUGAGUGGCAAAAGCAUUUAGCCAAAGAACCCGUCGAUCGUUUAAUGCAGUAUAAAAGUGAACCUAUGCUGGCCCUCAGGCAUCGUUUGCAGUUGUCCAGCUGGAAGACAGAAGAAGAAAGUAAUAACAUUGAACUGGCUAAUAAAGUACCACGCUUAGAAUUUGAUCCCAGAAGUUUAGGCUUUACCACUGGCUACCAACAUGGCACCAAUAUUGCCGGUCACUGGCCCAGCAAUAUGGCUGGUUUUGGUUUACUUUCCUAUCAAUCGCGUGCCGGUUUUCAUAUACGACCACAGAGUUCUGCUACUGAUGACCAUAAUGAAGCUCUACAUGCUCAUGCCAUACAAUCUAGUUUUGCUUGGCUGCUGGCUCUAGCCAAUUAUAAAGGGUUUAAUACAUUCUCCGAACUUACUUACCCCCUUAACACUCAAACUAUUAUAACUGAUGGCAAAACUUGGUCAUUCUACGAAUACCAAUUGAAUACUUUGCUAAUGAACGGUCGUCAAAUCAAUGAAAAUCCUCGUGUCAAUUAUUGUCGUGGUACACCAGAAUUGGCGCUCUAUCAGGAAAUUGAUGAAAAUGGCAAAAUUGUCGGCUUUAAUGAUGAAGUUUUAAAAUAUUUAAUCACUUACUAUACAAAUGCACCCAAUGUACAACGUUCGGCGGAGGAAUUGCAACCAUUUUUGGAUUCAAAAUAUAAACGCAUUGUCGACUAUGAAGAUGACGAAAAACGUGAAUUUUUAGAAAAAACCUUCAAACAUUUGGUCUCUAAUCGUCCUCGCCAUUUGGCCUUACCGGAAAUAUACUUGUGGGAGAAAUUGUAUAAAAUUGAUAAUAAUACACGUCCUUUGGAAGCUAAACGUCGUUACUUUGAACUAUUCUAUAAUCCCUGGAAACGUACAUUAGAUCAACAUCAAAAGGAGUAUAUAUCACGCAAGGUGCGACCCGAAGGACCUAAGAGUAAAAAGAAGUGGAAGAAUACCUAUUAUCCACAGGAAUAGUUUUAAUACAUAUUAAUAAAUAAUUUGUUGGAAUAUUUUCUUAGAAAAUAAUAAAGAAAGAAAACUAUUAAGAAAAAU